AGUGUUCCGUUUGGAAAUGUCUCAAAGCCAGAAAGAAAACAGGGGAUUGCGGAGGAAACUACAGCUAUUGGAAUUGAAGGUAUCACGGGAGCGCGCGGAGCGCGUCCUCGCCAGUCGUCCCAGUAGUGUCAAGAUCCUUGACCGAUACAGAGGAAUGGCAAGAGGUGAAGGACAUCUCACUGGAGGCCACAGGAGCUUCGUGAAGCCAGCGGGACACAAUACAUGGAGAGAUGACCAACCAAUAACUAUUGAUGAGGGGAGUGGAACCUCAACCCAGCGCGUUAUCGUGAUAGAGUCUGCAGAGGCUGCAGGUCCUGCAGGGUUGUCUCUGGUGAAACAAGAGAGGACUGAAGAAGAGCACCCACAACACAGCAGAAGCAUCCCUACUGGUGUAACGUCUGGAGUGGCGCCCCCUGUAGCCACGGAGGACCUAUCCACCGCUGCUGCGACCCAGCCCAGGACUCGAUGCAGCAUCACGGAGGUCAGUGGAACGCUGAACGCCGUACUCAAGUCAGAGACAGACAUUUCAACUGUAACACAAAGACUUUUACAAGAUGGAUUAUCUGACCACAGGUCAGACCCAGAGAGACUGGAGCCAGGGAGACUGGGCUGUACUCCUGCUACCGGCUCAGAGUAUUUACUUUACGGUAACCGAAGCCCGAGGACGGUUCAUUCCCAUCGGGACUCAGGUGACGCGUUAGAGACUGGCAAUGAUCCGUCUUGUUCUUACACUUCAGAGAUGGACCCUGGCAACACACCCUUGGGCUUAGAGACACAGACUGAUCUGUCUAGAGGGGACUGGAACCGGUACAGUAGUAGUGUAUACUCUGAAGGGUGCCUAGAUAAGAAAGGGGAGGUUAUAGUGGUAGACGAUGGGACUGUGAAAGUGGAGGGCGACGCUCCUCCCACAUGGAAUGCAGAUAGUCACCUAGGAGACGGACAAUCACAGGGCAGAGAUUUUUUAGAUUACAGCGAAAGCUUAGAGACAAAUCCAAAUGUCGCAACCAACUCCCCUUUACACACGUUCAGAGAUCGCGACCCAGUGUCCAUGUCGUUGGGGCCUUCUGAUUCACACGGCCAUGUCCUUUUUGAUCAGGUAUUGAACUCAAACGACAGGGCUAGAGGCCAGGUUCAGGAAGGGGGAGCCACAUCUGGCAGUAGUAAAGAGAAACGAUUCUUCUGCAUGUUCUGUAACAAAGGCUUCAGCUGCCCCCAGAAAGUGGAGAUCCAUCAGAGGGUCCACACAGGGGUGAAACCCUUCAGCUGUACCCAGUGUCACAUGCGCUUCGCCCAGGCUGGUGACCUGAAGAGGCACCAUAGGGUCCACACAGGGGUAAAACCUUUCAGCUGUACCCAGUGUAACAUGCGCUUUGCCCAGGCUGGUGACCUGAAGAGGCACCAGAGGGUCCACACAGGGGAGAAACCAUUCGGCUGUCACCUGUGCCGUGCUAGUUUCUCCCACUCAUCCAGCCUGAAGAGGCACCAGAGGGUCCACACAGGGGAGAAGCAUACAGCUGCCCCCAGUGUGAGAAGAGGUUCUCCCACCAGCACCAGCUGAAGAUGCACCUGAAGAUGCACACGGGAGAGAGGCCAUUCGCCUGUACGCACUGCAGGAAGAGGUUCUCAGAGAGCCCAUUCAAUGCGUGGGUGGUUUGAAUAAAAAAAUAUAAAAACAUUUUGGGGGGUGGGGGGCAUUGAAAUCACUAAAACCAAAUGGGAACUGUGUAGGAAUGAUAAUGGAGCUACAUUUAUGAUCUCCUCACUCAUGUCUAGCUUGCUAACAGGCAUCGAAACAAAAUCUAGACAGUUGUUGAGCAUCAAUUUAUUUAUUUUUAAAAGGGGAAUAAUGGCAAAUUUCAAAAAAGUCCUGACUCAUUGUUUGACUGUCUGUCAAAGGGAGAGAGAGCUAAAGCCAGAGCUACAUCACCAUAGCUACUGAUACAUGCAUGUUAUUGAAAUGUGAUUAAUGCUCACUGUGUAAUUUUUUAUUGGGCUAGAUCAAAUGUGUUAUUAUUACAUGUAUUAUAAGCCUACAUUUACAAAAUCGGUAGACUAAUGACAAUCAUUUACAAAAUGAUGCAGGGGAUUUUGUUUGUAAGCCAGGGCCAAAUUGCCUUCCUCAAGUGAGAAAGAUAAUGUGGUAAUGCAGGCUAAUUUUAUGCAAUGGAAAAGCAUUCUAAUACCCGUGCAUCAAAUAACCUACUCCUUGAAAGUCAUGUAUUGAUUAUACACUGAGUUUACAAAACAUUAGGGACACCAUGACAUAGACUGACCAGGUGAAAGAUAUGAUCCCUUAUUGA